AUGGCAGGCCUGUCCCUGAUGUCCGGUCCGAAUUGGCCAGUUCGGAGAUAUGAAAUCAUCGUCAAGAAGGGUGGAGCGCCUUUGGGCCUCAAGCUGCACCAGACCAAGAGCACAAGAGGCGUCUAUGCCAACGGUUUCGCGGAAGGACCGUACCCUCCCCCCGGACCACAAGCAUGCAUGCGUGUCGGGGACGUCCUGGUGUCGGUAGACGGGAAGAGCGUGGAGGGUGCAACGCUACCGGUGGCUCUCGCCGCCAUCGAGACCGCGCGGCGAAGGGACCGCCUCCGAGACUUCAUCACUGCUAAGCAGGAUGACCCUCGCAAGGGAAACGUGGUGAUGGUUUUCGAGCGCGUCUCGCCCCGACUCACCUUCAGAGACGUCGCAUUGGACCCCCGCAAGGUGGUCUAUCUGUUGAACUACAUGCUAGAGGUGCGUUGUGCGGGAACCGGAGGGGUCGGCGGCAGCAGCAGCAGCAGCGGUGGCGGCGAUGGCAAGAAGGAGGCCGUGAUCAUCAGCCUGGAUGAGGCCCGGCUCAUGUUCUGGCUGGAGGUGCAGGUGCUGUUUGAGAUGUCGGCGGUGAUGGCUCCGAGCAGAGACGACAUGAGCAAGGUCUACGACAAGUUCUUCCGGCCAGGGUCGGGCUUCUACGUCCACGAGUUGACAGACACGCGGCAGGCCAAGAUCAGAACGCGGAGGUCAUGGGACGGCGAUGUCUCCGGCUUGCCGAGUGUGGGUCGUGUAGCCCGUCCCGAUCCCUCCGCUAAGACAGCCAAGGAAGUCGCGCAGCCACAAGACGCAGCGUCAUCGGGCAGUGGUUCUGAGGGUGUGGCGUCAACUGCCAGCACCGACUCGGCAGUAUCGGUAUCGCCCGGCGUCGGCGGCGGGGAGGGCUUAGGCGCAAGCACCACCGCCUCCGCAGCACCGGGAGAUGGACAAGAAGGCAAGGGUGGAGGAGGAGGAGGAGGAGGAGGGAACAUAAAGGCUGGAGAACCGCCGUCAUCGGCAGACCCUCCUCCCGCCCCAGCAGCAAGAAGCAGCACCGAGGGCGGAGGCAGCGACGUCUUGGCGAAACAUGGCGCGGAAGCAGGGGAGAAUGGCACGAGGGAGGGAAGCGGUGGGAGGAAGGCGGCCGCAGGAGCGGAGGACUGGGUUUCCCUGCCCGUGGAGUUUCUUGCGGCAGACCUGUCCAAGAUUUUCCGGGCUUCUCAGGAGAAGGUGGAGGAAACUCUGACGGCGGGAUGCUUCUACCGGUUUAAGACCAGUCCUUGGAAAGGAAGAAUGGUGGCCCAUCUCAGCAACAGCCCUGAUUUCGUGCAUGUGCCGUUCGAGAGAAUCAUGGCAGAACAGGAACUGAGAGAUGUGAUGAUGCUGCACAUGAUCGUCACUCAGACUCCCGGGUGGCUGCAGGUGUGGAAAGAAAUCGAGCUGACGGUCAAGCCUCGCAUGGCCCUGCUGCAGACCAGGCGAUCCGUGCGACAACGACGGGGCUCCGCUCUAUCUUCCCGUGGCAGUGGGGUGAGCGUCUGGUUGUAUUUUAUGAUCCACGGGGGGGUGAACGAAGAGAGGGAGGCGAUCAUCGAGGCGGGCACGCUGGGGACCCAGCGCUCCUCAAUCAGGGUCGGCACGUCUACUCCGUCCUUCUCCCCGCCAUCUCCGGACAUGCGAGAACUCAAAGCCGCCGCGGCAGUCGCAAUCGUGGCCUCCGCUGUGUACCUGUGGGACUUUUUCCUCUCCGCCGACUCGCACGCUUCCCUCGGUGUAGCUCGUGACACGAACGCAUACGGCACGCUAAAGCAACUGUUGGCGGAGAACGUGCCGGGGGACAAGAUGGGGGGCUGCGGGGCUGGAGACGCCAGCAGCGGUGAUGGGCCCGGCACGCAGAAGGGGAGGGAUGCCGGGGAUGACUACGCGGUGUCGGUGGGCAAGGCCUUGCUGGACAUGCAGCGCCACGUGCUCCGCAAGGCAGCUUGGGGAAAAGCGACUCCAGGGAACAAAGGAAUCAGAUGGGACAAGGUGGUAGAGAGGGUUUGGAAGGAGAUAGGAGACGAGGAGGAGACAUUGGACACGAAAGGGUUCGGGGGGUUCAAGAAGAAAGUCAAGGAGAUGCUAGAAAGUAGGGAGGAGGCAACCCUUCGGAAGAAGGUACGAAGCGAAGACCACUUGGAGAUAUACGGGAAGUUGAAAGAAGGGAUAGGGAUGAAGAGUUACUUGGACGGCCCCAUGGACUACGCAAAAAAACUGAAGUUGCAAUUUCGAGUAGGCGAUCUGGACUUGCCAGAACGGAGGAAGAGGUACAGCAGCCGUAGGAGAGAGGAAGAGGAGGAUAGACAGACAUGUCCAUGUGGCAAAUCGGAGGAGAUUAGACCCCACAUAGUUGGGGAGUGUGAGCUGUACAGGAAGGAAAGAGAGGAUCUCGAGGAGGACAUGAGACAGAGAGGGUGUGACAUGGACAAGUUUGGUAAAUUAGACAACAGCGAAAAAAUUAUCGCGGUAAUUGGGGAUAGAUGGUGGGCACAAGAGGCCGUAGAGGACGGGGGGAUAAGAUGUGCAAGAAAUUUUUAUGUAGUUUGUGGCAGAAACGUAAAGAGCUCCCAAAUGUUGGUGCUCUGCGCGAGCGUCUACCCAGACUUCCAAGCGAGCUCGUCCCACGAGCAUCUAUGCGCCGAGCUCACCACCGGCACCCGUUCCCCAGCUCGGCUCCCACCCGGCCCUCCAGACGAGCUUGACUUCGACCCUCCACCCUCGCAGCAGCAGCAGCGAGACUCGAUCGGAGGCGGGGCUCCUCUGCCGCCCCCGCCACAGGGCCCGACCCCCGCUGUCCGCAGAGGCACGUCUGCGGCCGUGUCGCCGCCUCGACAGGCUCGAGCGCCUCCCCCGCUGCGGCAGAAGAUGCUCCUGCACCAGCAGCAGCAGCAGCAGCAGCAGCGGCAGCAGGGCGGGAGCAGCGAGGUUGGUGCCGGCGAAAAGGCUGGUUCGGCUAGCCCCUUUGCCUUCUUGGGGGGGGGGACACCGCCCAGUGACGGGGAGAGGAAGGUCAUUACGGCGGGCAACAGCCACGCACGUCGGAGCUCCGCCCCAGGGGUAAGCCCGACCGGCGUUGCUAGCAGGGGUGCUGGAGUCGGCGGGAAGAAUGGACCGGGCAGAGUUGACCCGUUCCAAUCGGAAGACGACGCGCCACGGGUGUCCGACCGGGCGGGGAGGGUGCAGGGUGUGUCCGGGCCGCAGUUUGAACCCCUUUGGAGGGCUAGUCGGGGAUGGGUGCUGGAGAAGGUCAUGAGGAGGGUCGAGCUACCUCCGCACGUGUCGAGGCACAGGCCUCCGUUGGACAAGGCCUGUCAGCAGGGGCGAAGGGGGGGCAAGGGUGCGGUCGGGUCGGGAACGUCUUCGAGCGGCACAGCCCCUCCCGACCUGCGCCAGCACCUGUCUCUCCCUCGCACGGCGCGAAGGUUAGGCCGUCGGCCCAACCACUCGUCAGGCUCUCUCGUCCCAGGAGAGCCCACCGAAGAAGCAGAUUCUUCCGCAGGCGUGGGCGGCAGCACGCAAGGAGGCGGCGGCGGCGUAGCCGGCGACUUGGAUGUAGCGUCUCCCCCUGAUGUUCUGGGAAGUCGCUCGGGAUUCGGUGUACAAGAAACCCAGGGGAUAGAGCCAGGACCAACAGGGGAUAGAGCGAGAGAAGACGGUGGUGGGGGGGUUGUCGGGGAAGGAAUCAGGGGCUGCGCAGAAUGGGCAGUUUCCUUCUCGGGGUCCCUGCGGCAAGGAAUCAUGACGGUACAGGUGUGGGGGGGGCACGAGGCCAGGGGGCGGUGUACGGAACACGCGGUGUGCGUCGCCCCCCGCAACCUCGGUCUGGACGUACUGCCGGAAGGCCUGGAGGCGUUUUAUUGCCCCGGUCUGCCGGCCAGCGGAGAGGCCCCUCGUGCGUGCCCCCCUCCAAGCGGUGGGAAAUCAUCAUCGGGGGUGGGGAAAGGUGGCCGUGGAAGCGGAAGCAGUCGGGGGGGCUGCUUUGGACCGGGCGUGCCGCCUCCUCCGCCUCGACUGUUCACGUUCGCCGCCCCCGGGCGUAGCGGCACCGGCACCUUCUACGGCGCAUGCCUCUCGGUGUUCCGACCCGUGUCGCAGUGGGUAGGAGGCGAGCCUGCUGCCGAUGUUGCUGCACGCGGAACCAACCGCGGCAGCUCGAAUUCACCUCCCCCGUGUCCGAUAGCAACAGCGGCAACGGUGACAGCAACAACCGCGACUGCGCCAGAUACGCAAGCACCUCUCGUGGAGGAAGAAAGCAAGACUCGGAUCGAAGGCAUCGUGGGUGCCUCAUCUAGCCGUACGGAGACGGCCUCGCACGUAGACGCUGGGGCUGCUACUGCUGCUUCUGUUGGAGAAGCGCGUGCUCCUGCUCGGUUGUCAGGCGUAGGAGAUGUUUCAGGAGUGGUGGACGGGGAGGUGCAGACUGUGGACGAUGGAGCGCAGGGCAACAUGGGGGACAACAAGGCGCCAUCUGAGGAAGGGGCGAUAGAAAAAGAGGACUUGGGGAAGCUGAGUGCUGAUGGUGGCGUCAGCUCGACAGCGGUGAGGGAGACCGACUCCGGUGUUGUCGAAGAUGCGGUGCUCGACGACGCGACCGAGGCAAGAGAGGCCGCCGUCGUUGGUGCUGCCGCUACGGCGCAGCAGAAGAAAGAGGCUGCGAACACGACCACCCUGGACAAGACCCCGUCCAUGCUCGAGAUGCUAAAGCUGAAGAAGGGCAUGGGGAUCUUCGGAAGGUCGUCAUCGGUGGGCCAGAAUAAGGUGUCCCCAAGCCCUACUUCAACAGCGCCGAUGUCUAGCCUACCGCCCUCCGUUACCAAAACGGAAGUGGCGCCAGAGUCAGACACGGAGGAGUUGCGAGUAGAGGUCGACGGACAAGGGGCGGACGAAGCAACCGGUGGGCUUGAGGGCAGUGGCGGUACGGGCGCGGUAGCCAAGACAAAGACCACGGCAGCGGCGGCGGCUUCACCAUCCAUGAUGGACCUUUCGUCGAGGUUUAGGCUAGGCAUGGGCAUGUUCGGAAGCGGCAAGGCUUCACCGCGGGUGGUUACGGGGUCGGGGUUCAGCCGGAAGUUGGGCACACAAGCCGCCGCCGCCACCGCCGCCGCUGCUGCUGCCACUACUUCCCCGGCUGCGGGUAGCGCACCUGUGGAAGCGUCGCCAACGCCGUCCUCGUCUUCUGGCGGUGUGGGGAAGUUUUCGAGCUACGCCCGUCGCGCUGGGAAUUUCUUAGGCUCCGAUUCCAGAGGAGUCGGUCGUUCCCCGCGGCCCACCCAGCCGCCGCCGUCCCCCGACGUGCUGCCCAACGGUCCGCCACCGCCGUCACCUCUAGUCCCGGUCUACCUCUCUUCCCCACCGCCAGAAGCCGAAACUGAUGACGCGGUGCUCCGACACGGCGAUGCUACUGCUACGGCUGUGGCGGUGGCGGCGGGGGCCGUUGACGUCGCUACGGACGGUAAUUCUCGACAGCUCUCAGACUCAGCCGCAAGCGAAGGGGGGGGAAGGAACAAGCACAAGCGUUCGCUCUCGGACGUGCCGUCAGCCGACGCGGCUUCGGCAGCGGCGGCGGCGGUCGUGGACGCCAACGAACUGGCUUCGGCUGCUUCGUCGGGAGUGGGCGAUGCCUCCAAAGGAAGGUCAAUGUGCGCCGAGUCCAGCGGUGUCGGCAGCAGCAGCAGCAGCAGCAGCAGCAGUGGCUCAGGGUCGGGGACCCGGAGACAAGGCGAGUCGGCCGACGGCAGCGGAGGCCGUCAGAAGCACACGUUUUUCGUGGCCAGCGGAGUGUGCCUCCUUUCCACUCGCCCCGAGAUAGGGGCAAUGCGGCGGGCGCUGGCGGCGUACUGGGCGGCCCACGGGGACGAUAUAUUAGCCAGAGGGUCCGCGACAGAGGGCGGUGCUGCUGCCGCCCACGCGGGGGGAGAAAGACGGGCUUUGGCUGCUCGCGAAUCGGGCGGCGGCGGCAGCGCCGACCACGGUCGCAGUGGCAGUGAUGGCGAGGUGACAGAGGCACCUUCCGAAGGUUCCGGUGAGGCCGAAGACGAACAAGAGCAAGAAGAGAACAAGGACGUGGGGGCAUGGACGGAGAUGGACCCCAGCACGCUCCGAGCCGUGUUGGUGCCGUUUGUGACACGAGAACGGCGGGAGGAGAAAGACAGAGAGAGCCAAGCCCAUCACAACGACAAGGAACGCCGGCGGUCGGCGGGCGCUGCGCAGGAGCGGACGAGUGCGGCGGAUGUCUUGACGAAGUCCUUUUCCGCUGGAAGCCUCAGGCAUUCCGGCCAAUCCGGUGGGGCGACAAACGGGCAAGGGGACCGAGCAGAAGCAGGGGAGACGGCUGAGUGUGGAGUGGAUAUGUCGGCGGUGGCGCACAAAGAUGGGUCGGGUUUCGGACUGGACUUCGACCCUUCCGCGGUUUUCCGGUGCCUGAGCCCGCGGAAUCUCUGCCUGGUGAUGUUGGCCCUGUUGUGCGAGAGAAAGGUGGUGUUGGUGUCCUCGCGGCUGUCCCUCCUCACCCAGGCGGGAGAGGUGUUCCGGUCGCUGUUGCAGCCAUUGUCCUGGAGCCACGUGUACGUCCCUCUUCUGCCUCGAAAGAUGGCGGCGGAUCUUCUGCAGUGCCCCACGCCUUUCAUUCUUGGCCUGGAGUCGGUGACGGCCAGAGAGCUGGACCUGCCUAGAGACGCGAUACAGGUUCAUCUCGAUACAGACUACCUCUGCGUGCCAAAGGACUUCUUAGGGCUGGCGCCGAUGUCGGUCGUUUGCUCGCGCAUCAGCUCCGUCUUAAACCCCGGGGUGGACGACCUGGACUGCCCUUCGAAUGGAGGUGCUGGUGCUGAUGCUGGCGGUGUCUGGGCUGCGGGAACGGCCCGCACAAUCCGGUUUCUGUUUCGAGAAUUCAUCUCGGAGCUCCUGCAGGGAGCCACGGAAAGCACAUUUCGGGUCGGCCAAGGCCCCACCGCCACGAUACUGCUCGAUGAGCACCUCUACAAGCGGGCUAAGGCUUCCGCUGCCAAGACUGCGGAGCGCUUUUACGACGAGCAGAGGCGUUCAUCGGGCGGGCGGGUGGGGGGGCAUGGCCUACACGAAAAUCAGUACCCGGGUCCGCUGUACAAUCGGCACUGCGGGUUGCUGUUGGACCAGUUCGUGAAAACACAGAUGCUUUCUCACUUUCUGUCUGAAGGGGGCUCGGAGUGAUGUGAUGUUUGGUUCGGCUGUCUCCGUUAUUGUUUCCGUUAUUUUGUUGUUGUUGCUUAUGCCGCUUCAUGAUUGUUAUCAUUGUCUUUUGUCGUUGUUGCUGAUGCCGAUGCGAUGUCGUGUCCGAAAGAGGUCACGCUUGUUGGUAGUUGCGGCGCUGGGAAGCGAGCGCUCGAAGAUGUAGUCUUGUUGACCAGCGUGAGGAGAGGAUUGAACUGUGUUAUGGGGGAGUUCGGUGGCAUUGAUUGUUUUGUUUUUUCUCGUAUGACGUUUCUCGAUGCUGUUGUAUUUGGAGUUGAGGUGUCUGUCACUUUUGUGGUUUCACGUAGUUCCAUUUUGUUGUUGUUUACGGCACACAGUUUUGGCAUUUGUUGUGGGAGUUGCUGUGUUGAUUUCAUCGAUUCAAGACCGAUACACCAAUGCAUGAUGACGUUUGGUUUCGUGCAUCCUGCUAGAUGGUUGCUGUUCACUCCUUCUAUCACUGUCGAACACACGCACAAGCACGAGGUAUUGGAGUGGUGGGGGCCCUGGCAUUGUGGUGAAAUGCGAUUGAUCCUUUUCGUGAGUUUUUUCGUCGGGGACUGCUGUUGUGUAGUUCCACCCUAUCCCCGGUGGUGAAGUGUGCUUCGUUUUUGUCGGCUGGAGAGGUUGGCAUCUUGUGCCCGAAGAGAGGGUGUUUCACAUCAGUGACGAUUCUUGAUCGUUUCCCCAACAGUCACUUUCCUGAUUCGACGCUUUCGCCGUAGUAGAGUAAUCCAUGUCACCGCGCCCGCUUGCCCUGUGGCAACAAAAGCGGCUGGCUGGUGGGAGGGUAAGGUCAAGGCUUGGACAUUGUUGUUGACCGGAGUGCCGUAUCUCGCCACAGAAGCCAAGUAGACAGUGAAGGGUGCCUUGUGCACCCAUCGUCCUUCAGAAUGAAAUUAUAUUGUCGUUUUCGUUUCAUUUGUGUAUGCUGGAAUAUGUCGUUUGUGUAAGAACAGUGAGCGUGGCGAAUCACUUGCCAUGAAACGCAAAGUUGGAAUGAAGUAAAUCUAUUCUACUUUCCGUGCGCCUCGUUUGUCGUUGGGUUGCGUUGAUGGUAAAUAUGUGCGAACGGGGGGGGGUGACCUCGAAGGUCCCGGUAGCUAGCAACGGCGUUACUAUCUGCAGUGGCAAGAGCAGCGCCCAUUCGAAUCGAACACCAUGCCGGUCUUUUCCUUGUUUGGAUGAAUUCUGAACUUCACACGGUAAAUAGCCGACGCAAUUCUUCGUCGUAAAAACACCGGAUUUGUGUUGUUGGCUGAAGGGCUAUCAACCUCCACUGCUCUAUGUAGCUCUAGGGAGACGGAUUAUCCGGUCCUCAUCCUUACGGGACGGACCAAGCACUUUGGUGACAUGGGACGACUAAAUAUUUACGUCAGGGAUACCCUUUUCGUAGAGACAACACGGCAGAGAGCAUGCUGAACAUUUUGGCGUGUUAGUAGACAGACCAACCAGCGGUCCAUGGCCAAAGUUCUGCAAGCUCACCGGCGGGAGGUGGACGAAACGUUCCCUCAGCCUGAUUAUUUCGAAGUUGAUUCGGAGUGUUGGGUGUUUGUUUAAGUGCUUGCUGCUGUAGACCUUCCAUACUGUCCAUACUUGCUGCAUCGGGUUCAGCUCGUGAUCCCAGAACCUUGUUUGCUAGCCGUUGUUGUUGCUGUUGUUGCUGUUGUUGUCUCCACAAAUGUAGACGCUCCGGUAUCCGCUCCUCCCAGUAUUUAGCUUCUAGUCUACUGUCCAUACUGAUCCAACUGACGCGGACUGGAGUGUGGAAUUACGAAGGGGAGGGAGAGAUUCUGGAGAGAGCAGUCCACUCAAACCGUACUAUUCUAGUCGAAAAAUGAAAGUUUGUUGUCGAAGACCGAAUAAACUGUUCCAGGUAGUUUGUUUAUUGUGCACGGAAGAAUUCGGAACAUCUCCCAGAUCUAUGCGCAGGUGUACCGAUUCAGAAUUUACCCUCAACUGGGAACCUCUUGUGGCCAGGAUGGGUAAUUCGAUGGAAGUGUCACAAGGUUCUUUGUAGGAUCGACUCCCAAGAGGUGUUCUCAGGACUGACACACAUUGUGUCCUUGGGGAAAAUAUCCAAGUCAGGAGAAAAAGUGUGCACCCAAGGAGAUUCGCACCAGUAUCCAGCUGACGCCAUCUGCGAAGGUGUACCGAUUCAGGUAAAACUCAAUC